AUGCGAGUUUUGAUUGAUAAGUCUUUGGUGAAGAUUGAAGAUGAUAGAGUGAUGUUACAUGAUUUGAUUCAAGAUAUGGGUAGAGAAAUCGUUCGACAAGAGUCUGAAGAGCCUCGAGGGCGUAGCAGGAUUUGGAACUUUGAGGAUGCAAAACGUGUUUUGGAACAAGACAAGGGUAGCCAUAAAAUUGAAAUUAUCAAGCUAGCAUUCCCCAAAGCUGAUGAAAAACUUAAUUGGGAUGGUGUAGCAUUCAUGAAGAUGAAUAAUCUCAGAACAAUUGUUAUUAAUAAAGGUGACUUUUCAGACAGUCCCAAACAUCUUUCAAAUAGUUUGAAAGUGCUUAAAUGGAGAGGAUAUCCUUCACAAAUUUUCCCAUUUGAUUUUUAUCCAAAGGAAAUAGCCAUAUUGUGGUUACCAGAUAGUUCCAUAUCAUCACUCAUUAGUUUCUUUCAAAAGCAAAAGAAGUUCAUAAAUUUUAGAGUUUUGAAUUUCAGCAAUUGCCAGCACCUAAAACAAAUACCUGAUUUAUCUGUUGCCCCACAUUUGGAAGAAUUGUCUUUCUGUUGGUGUAAGAACUUAACUGAAGUUCAUAAAUCAGUUGGGUUGCUAAAUAAACUUAGAAUGUUGGAUGCAAAGGGUUGUUGCAAGCUUAGGAGUUUUCCAGACCUUAUGUUGCCUGCUCUCCAGCAACUCCGCGUUUCGUCUUGUUCAAGUCUUGAGAGUUUUCCAGAAAUAUUAGGGAAGAUGGAAAGUUUAACAAAACUUGAGUUAGAAUACACUCCAAUAAAAGAAUUCCCACCUUCAAUUCGUUAUAUUACUAGGCUUGAAAGAUUAGAAUUGUGGCACUCUAAGAUUGUUCUGUUGCCAAGUAGCAUUUUUCUGAUGAAAGAGCUUAAGUGCUUGAGAAUUCGAAACUGUGAUGGUUUGCUGUUACAUUCACAAGAGAAAGUUGAGGAGCAAAUAAGCUCAGUUGUGUUUUCCAAUCAGCAACACUUUGAUUUCAGAAACUGCAAUGUAUCAAAUGAGUUUCUUCAAAGGAGUGUUCCUUGGUUAGUCAAUGUGAAAGAGCUGAAUCUAUCAUCCAACAGUUUCACAAUUCUUCCUGCAUGCAUUGAAGGAUCUGGAGGCGAUGAAGAGGAUGAUCUGAGAAGGAAUCAGCAGCAGCAGUUUGAAGCUCAGGCGAUGAAGAGGAUGAUCUUAGCUUUUAGGGUUUUAAUGGGACCAGGGACCAGAUUGGGUACAAAAUUCAGAUUUGCCACAUCAGCUAGCCGUUGCUGGCUCCAGCGUGGCAUUGGAGGUGCCAGAUCAUCCCUCCGUUUGCUGAAUUGGCGCCGGAAAGGGUUGCAGGACAACUAUGGGUCCCGGAGCUGA